AUGGUCAUCGAUGCUGCGGUGAAAGAGCUUUUUCCGCCUCAUCUGCUCAACAACGUGCCGCAGACCAUGUUCGAGCGGCAGGUGCUCCAUGCACAUGAUCGCGCAUUCGAGGAGCAGCGCUUUGCUCCAAUGCUGUGGGACAUUCUCUUUGAGAAGAUAAAAGACAAGCCGCUGAAAAGCAAGGUCUACAAUGCCUUUGAGGCAGGUAGAAGAGAAGCUGCACUGACCGGCUCUGGAGCUGAGAGAAGUCCGGCAGAAGACUUCAUCAAUGCCUGGGUUGUUGCAUCUCUGCGCGAGUUGCAGCAACAGGGCCAGUAG